AUGUCAAUUUUAAAAUCAUUAUUAUCAAUUUCCUUUUCUCAAGGAAUAAAUUCAAAUUCAAUUUUAAAUAUUGAAAAUGAUAAUAUAAAUAAUUAUAGUAUAAAUUUUACAACUCAAAUGAAAACAAAAUGGAUUAUUCCAAGACACCCACCAUACAAUUUAAAUGAUUAA